GAGAUUCAACUCUGCAAGAAAAUAGCAAAAUAACACAGCUGCUGUUGCUGUGAUUUUGUGUUGUUCUCCUGUCAGCCUGUCAUUUCGCAAGAUCAUUGCAUAAAAACUUCAAAAGCGUUCUUCUAAUUUUGAACACCUUGCCGACGCCAAAAUCGUUGCAAAAUGUUUGCGGGCUUCAACAUGCUCCACGACAUGAUGCCUUCUCGACCCUUCAAGACCGGCUACAGGGCCUACUCGGUCAGCAUGCUGCCCGGAAAUGAGAGGUCGGAUGUUGAGAAAGGAGGAAAAAUCAUCAUGCCUCCUUCAGCAUUGGAACAGUUAACCCGUCAAAGGGUUGUCUACCCGAUGCUUUUCAAGCUCAAGAGUGAUAGCACAAAGCGAGAAACACACUGCGGCGUGCUCGAGUUUGUUGCGGAUGAGGGCAAGGUGUACCUGCCAAAUUGGAUGAUGAGGAACAUGCUUCUUGAAGAGGCUUCUCUUAUCACAGUCGAGAGCGUUUCUCUUCCUGUGGCCACUUUCUCCAAAUUCCAGCCCCAGUCCGAGGACUUCCUUGACAUCAGCAACCCCAAGGCAGUGCUGGAGAACGCGCUGCGACACUUUGCCUGUCUCACCACAGGCGACAUGAUCUCUAUCAUUUACAACUCCAAGGUCUACGAGUUGUGCGUCCUGGAGACCAAGCCUGGCCCGGCCGUUAGCAUCAUCGAGUGUGAUAUGAACGUGGAUUUUGCCGCACCGGUCGGCUACAAAGAGCCCGAAAUCGAGCCUAAAAAGGAAGAUGGCGUUUGCGUUGAUUCAUUCGAGAUGGACCACGAGUCUGGAGGCUUCCAGGCGUUUGGCGGAGCCGGACAAAGACUGGAUGGAAAGAAGAAGAAGGAAGAAAGUGUGAAUGGAGACGCACCCAACGCGCAGACGGCCUCUCAACAAAAAGGCACUUACACGAGGGGCAUUCCAGACUACGACUACCAGCCAGGGGUCAUUAGAUUCAUGAGGCAUGCCAAGCCGCAACAGGAAAAAGAGGAGGUAGCUGAAGAUUUUAAGUACUUCUCUGGUGCCGGGCGAUCGUUGAGAGAUGCCAAGAGUAGAAAGUGAUUCUCAUCCUUAGUUCAAGACUCAAUAUAAUUUAAGGGCAAGAAUGGUUUGCAAAGAAAGAAUGAGUCUCUGCUGAAUGUUGAUUUGAAUAAAAAAUUGCCUGAUUUGUUUAUUA